AUGUCAUUGCGAGUUGUUGUUUUGGGUGCAGAAAAUGUUGGCAAAUCCGCAGUGACAGUGAGAUUUCUUACACGAAGAUUUAUUGGAGAAUACAAUUCUAAUAUGGACCUGAUAUACAAGUCAAGCAUUAAACAAGAAGACUAUGUAACAGAUAUAGAAAUAUUAGAUUCGUGUGCUAAAAAGAAUACAUCCAUCGCACCAGGAGAUAGCGUGAUAACAUGGACAGAUUCCUUUAUUGUGGUAUAUGAUAUAUGCGUUCACUCCUCGUUUGAACAAGCCAUUAAAAUUCUGGAUAUUAUAAACAAAGCUCGGGCAAGUGUAUACUGUCCAGCUCUUUUGCUAGGCAAUAAAACAGACUUAGAACACAGGCGGACAGUUGGUGUCGAGGAGGGACACCAGGCGGCGCUAGAAUACAAUUGCCAGUACUAUGAAGUGUCGGCUGCUGACGACUUUGUGACGAUUAGCAUUGCGUUUCAAGCGCUUUUACGAGAGACAAAAAUUAUUCAACAGAAUAAGCCUUUAUUGAAAAGGCGGAAAAGUUCUUUAGUGAAUGUAUCAAAGAAAUUAGGUGCAAUGUUUGGUAAGAAGGACAGCGAAAUGGAUCGCAAACGUUCCACGUGUGAUGUAGCAGGGCCAAAAACUAUUUUUGAAAAAGCGUAAAUAAUCGUCCAUGCAAUCACAAUAUAAUUACGCCACUUGUGUUUUCCUUUUCUUUUUAGGGCUGUUUUUAUUUUUUACUUAAUUUUUCAGUCGUUUUAAAAAAAACUGAAUCAAACGAAAAUUCUGUCAUUAAUUAUUUAUAAAACACAACGAACUUUAAUCAAAAGUGCUAAUAAAACGAUUUAGGGUAAAACCUGAUCAUAUGUUCUAUUUUUGUUUUAUAAUUUGCAAAAACAAAAGUUGAUUUUAUGUAGUUUAUUAGUUAUAUCUAAUUUAUUUGAAAAGAUAUCAUUUGUAUCACUGGCACUUGUCUCUGAAAAAAAAAGUUACUUAUGUCAAGAAUUUAUAUAAUAAGACCUACUAAACAAAUAUACAAAUCCUUGCUUAUAUACCCUAAUGUUAUAUUAAGUUAUAAUAAUUUUUUUUAAAGAAACGUGUCUGUGAUUUUUGUACCUUGGUAAAAAAAAAGCAGAAUUGACACAAGUUAUUGUCUCUUUUAGAUAAUACUGGAGGUGAUGAAAUGCAGUUUCUUAUAGAUUGCAAAUGAUAAAUUAUCACCGUAAGAAUACAGUACAAAAUUAAGUUUUGAUGAGCUGACAUCAAGUAAAAAAGUGUCACUCGUUUUACACAUUCGCACACCAUCUAAAGUAAAUGCAUUUUUAUAGUUUCUUAUUUUUUUCCCGCAAUUAAGUACUGAGGACAGGGGAUUUCAAAAUCUUCAUGCACAUUUAUACUUGCACAUAUUAACAAGUUUUGUUGAGUGUUGAUUUGUAUUUUUUAUAUUAUUAAGUUUGA